UCAAUACUUAGACAUUUAUACUUGAAUCCAACAAAUAACAUCAAUAUUUAAUUUUUAUACUCAUAAAAUAAAUAAUAAAUUUAUUUUUAUCAAUUAAACUCACUAAAAUAAGACCAUUUUACUUAGAGAUUCGUAUAUCGAUCAUGCGAAUCAUACCGGUGGUGUUACGCCGGUUUUACGACCGGUAUCGGUUGAACCAGGUUCAAUCGGUGGCACGCCGGCCGGCGUGACAACCCCGGUACCCGAACGGGGGAGAUUUGUAGUAACACGUGGCAGGCUAAAACAAAGAUGGGCUCCUCUUCUCACGCAAACCUUAGCCCACUGGAUAAUGGCCCAGCCGAACUAAGCCGAUUAGCCGAGGGCCCAGGCUGUGGCGGAGCGGAAGGAAAUGAUCUUCUGCUAACUGAAUUUCCCACCAAAAGUAACAAAACCAAAAACUCUCUGCACUGCUCCACUUUUUUUUUUCUUUCCAGAAACAAGAACAGUGAGAGAGAGUACCAGUUGGAAAAUCUCUCCAUUUUCCGCCGGGAAAAUUCUCUCUCCUCCAAGAAAAAUCCACAGAGGAGAAGGACUCAGUUAAUGCGCGCAUCAUGAAGCAACGACGGCGGGGAUUGUUUCUGCGGUUCUUGACUGCGUCGCUGCUCUUCUUGCUUGUUGCGUCUGUUUCUCAGGCGAGGCCGCGCCCUGGACGAGAACCAAGUUAUCUCAAGUUCGUAGCAAAUGCCACUGAGUUACCAUCGGAAGAAAACUAUGACUACGUUAUCGUUGGGGGAGGUACUGCCGGUUGCCCUUUGGCGGCCACGUUAUCGCAAUCCUACAAGGUUCUUCUCCUCGAACGCGGGGGAGUUCCCUACGGCAGACCAAGUUUGAUGACGCAAGAAGGCUUCUUGUCCACGCUCACAAACGUCGACUCGUUUGACUCAGCUUCCCAAUCCUUCGUCUCGGAAGAAGGUGUCCCCAACGCAAGAGGGCGGGUUCUUGGGGGAAGCAGUGCGAUAAACGCCGGCUUCUACAGCAGGGCAGACCCAGAUUUCUAUCAGUACUCCGGCGCCAAUUGGGACCUCAGAGUGGUGAAUGAGUCCUACGAAUGGGUUGAGAGGGCCGUCGUGUUUAGACCGGAGCUUAGAAACUGGCAAUCAGCCGUCAGAGAUGGGCUGUUGGAGGCUGGGGUCGAUCCUUACAAUGGUUUCAGUUUGGAUCACGAGGUGGGGACGAAGAUUGGAGGCUCUACCUUUGAUGGCAGAGGGAGGAGGCAUAGCGCUGCUGACCUGCUCAACUAUGCCAAUGCCAGCAACAUAAAUGUAGCCGUUUAUGCAAGCGUGGAGAGGGUGCUGCUGGCAUACAGCGGCCCGCGUGGAAGCUCGAGGUCUGCCAUUUCAGCCAUCGGCGUGGUGUAUCGAGAUCGGAUGGGGCAGUAUCAUCACGCCAUGGUGCGUGAGAAUGGGGAAGUGAUCCUCUCAGCUGGUGCCAUUGGGACUCCUCAGCUGCUGUUGUUGAGUGGGAUUGGCCCAAGGCCUUACCUUUCUUACUGGGGGAUUCCUGUGGCCUACCAUCUUCCAUACGUGGGGCAGUAUCUCUAUGACAAUCCUAGGAAUGGGAUCUCAUUCGUGCCUCCAGUGCCACUGGAACACUCGCUGAUACAAGUGGUUGGCAUCACCGAGCUCGGAGCAUACGUUGAGGCAGCCUCCAACGUGAUCCCAUUUGUAUCCCCUGCGCGUUCAGUCUUCAUCAGGGCACCAUCUGCGCCGCUGUACCUGACGGUGGCCACUCUGAUGGAGAAGAUCGUUGGCCCACAAUCUGUUGGGUAUCUGAGGCUGGCGUCUACAGAUGUAAGGAUGAACCCACUUGUGCGUUUCAAUUACUUCUCAAGCCCUAUUGACAUGGAGAGAUGUGUGAACGGGACCCGCAAGCUCGGGGAUGUGCUGAGAACCCGUGCCAUGGCGGACUUCAGGUUUCGUGACUGGUACGGUGUUAGGAACUUCAGGUUUGUCGGGCCAGCACUGCCUGUGGAUCAGUCUGAUUUCGAGCAGAUGGCUGAUUUCUGUCGACGAACUGUUAGCACCAUAUGGCAUUACCAUGGAGGCUGCGUGGUGGGGAAAGUGGUGGAUGCUGACUACCGUGUUUACGGUAUUCGGUCACUGAGAAUCGUGGAUGGCUCAACCUUAACAAUCUCGCCAGGCACCAAUCCUCAGGCCACUCUCAUGAUGCUUGGCAGAUACGUCGGCCUCAAGUUAAUCAAGGAGCGAGAAGUACAACCUGAGAUGAAAUCCGAGUCCGGUGACCUGUAGUGUAACUGACCUUGAAGAAGAGAUACAGCAGGUACUUCGUCGUCUGAUGCCUACUGGGUCAAUUCAUUGUCAGUAUUCUGUAUGGUGGAGUUUUGUCUGAAGGUGUUCCGUUUUCUACUUACGAUAUUGAGAGUUGCAUAGAAUUUUUGGUAUAC